AAUAUUUAGAAAUUUCUAUAACAAUAAAUAAGUAUAGUAUAUGUAUUGUUAUUAAACGAAACUAGAACCUGGUAUUGUUUAAAUUACUUGUGCAUAAAGGCGCCCAUCAACCAUAUAUACUCUGUAUAUCCGUCCAGUACGACCCUGUAUUAUAAAUUAACUUCGAACACUGUGGUACUUGACUACCGACCGCCGUCAGUCAAUUAAACCAAAUAAAGUAACAUUUUCAACAUUCUCUGAACAAAACUGCAGAGUAUUAUAAACAAAAAGUUGUUCAAUUUUUUGGUAGUUUAUAUAUUAUUACCUAAUUGACUACAAACUUAUUUGAAAACGCAGUUCAUGUUUAAAAUCAAGUCGCAUAGCCUGAGAAUAUGAAUUUAUUAAUUGAUUUAAUAGCAACUUUUCUCUGUGUUGCCCUGGUACAUGGAUAUAUCGAAAAACCUGGCCCAAGAUAUCCACCCACCAAGGGAGAAGUGUGGCCGAGGCCGCAGACACAAAUUAAAAAUGGCAGUUACUUCAUUUUGAAACCAUCACUUUUUCAAUUUAAGCUAACAACAAAACACGGUGAAUGUACCCUAUUAAAAGAUGCUAUUCUUCGAUAUGAACUUCUCAUCCCUCAUGCGUACGCCAUUGUACAGAAAACGUUGGAUACAUUUAAUCAUACUAAUCAUAAAAAAAUAUGGCACACAGAUAAAAAGUUUUUGGGGAACAUAAAUUACUUCGAUGUUGAGUUGACGAGUUCGUGUAACGAUCUUGAAUAUCCAACAGAUAUUUCAUACGAAGGAUAUAGCAUCGUGAUAUCAGAAGGAACGAAGAGAUUAAAUUCUACAUCAGUAUGGGGUAUCCUUAAAGGGUUGGAAUCGUUUUAUCAAAGUAUUUACCUAGCUGACGAUUACCUUUCGCUAAGGAUUAACAAAACUUUCAUCGACGAUCAUCCUAGAUAUUCGCACAGAGGUCUUCUUUUGGAUACUUCAAGACAUUUCAUCCCGUUGAAUAAAAUUUUGUUGACCAUCGAUGCCAUGUCUCAAAACAAACUCAACGUUUUCCACUGGCACAUCGUUGACGACCAAAGUUUUCCAUACGUCAGUCAAAAGUUCCCAGAAUUAAGUGAAAAGGGGGCAUAUGUGUCAUUCUACACAUACACACCUGCUCAAAUUCAAGUUGUAAUAGAAUAUGCAAGGAUUAGAGGAAUCAGAGUUAUACCCGAAUUCGAUACUCCUGGACAUACAAGAUCUUGGGGCGUAGCCCAUCCAGAAAUACUGACCGCUUGCGAAGGAGAUUUGGCUGGAAAAUAUGGACCCAUAAAUCCUGCAAGAGAAGAGACUUAUGACUUUUUAAACGAGUUAUUCGGCGAAGUCAAAGAAGUUUUUGCUGAUAAUUACAUUCAUUUGGGUGGAGACGAAGUAGAGUUUGAAUGUUGGGAAAGCAAUUCCAAUAUCGCUCAAUUUAUGAAGAAACACAAGAUCGGUGAUUAUAAUGCAUUGGAGAGUUAUUACAUACAAAAAGUUAUUAAUCUCGUCGACAAAUUAAAAUAUAAAUCAAUUGUAUGGGAAGAAGUGUUCAAUAAUGGAGUGAAGGUACCCAAAGAAACUAUCGUACAUGUUUGGAAAGGCGAUUGGACAGAUACAUUAUUAAACGUAACUCAGAAUAGUUAUAAAGCUAUUCUUUCAUCUUGUUGGUACUUAGAUCAUCUGGACAGCGGCGGCGAUUGGGAAAGUUUUUAUUACUGUGAACCCAAUAUGUUCUCAAAUGACACUGUACUUCAGUCACGUCUUAUUGGAGGUGAGGCGUGUAUGUGGUCCGAAGUUGUAGAUACCAACAACGUAAUUUCUAGAAUUUGGCCAAGAGCUUCAGCAACAGCCGAGAGACUGUGGACCGAACAAAUAGAUGACGAAGAUUUCGAUGUAGUCAGAAGGAGAUUGGAAGAGCAUACUUGUAGAAUGAACAGAAGAGGUAUUGAGGCACAGCCCCCUAAUGGACCUGGUUUUUGUGUAGUUUAAUAUUUGUAUUUAUGUAAAUAAACGUACUAAAUGAA